UGGAAAUAAAUGUUUCUCGGUCCUGGAAGUUUUCGCACGGCACACGAGCGGUGGGUGACCACAUUCAUUACGUCUGUGUCUAUAAUAUACAGCUUAUGGUAGCCACGUACAAAUGUCAGCAAGAUGGCUCAUGGAGGAUUGCAAACUACUCCACCCAAAACAUACAGGAAUGCAAUCGUGCCGAAUGUGAGAAAAAUAGCGGUUUUACCUUCCUGGAAAAAAUAAACGGUUGUUACAGAUUUCUCAAUGAAAGUAAAAGCCACGCUGAAGCAAGUAGACACUGCAGCUCGACAUUCACACAUGGCAAAUUGUUUCUGGCAGAUUCUUCUGAGAAAAUUCAAGCUGUGAUGGCGGACAUACUCCUGCCAGCCGCUGUUGGAUUUCCUCUCUUUGUAUGGAUUGACGGGGUGUCCACGACUUCUACAGAAACAUUAGUCACGUCACGGGGUCCUUUCUGUGUUCAGAAGCUUAAGGAUUUAAAAGAAUAUGCUAGUGUCACCUGGAAACCAAACAAUGGGUGUUUGGCAUUGCUUCAGUUGAGGCCUGAAGUUAACAUUCUCCCUGACUGCUCACAGAAACUUGGAUUUCUGUGUGAAAUAGAGUCAUUCGUAAUUACUGUUUGAAGAAAAGAGAAUUAACACAUUAAGGGUGGAAAAGUGCCCCCAUUUGAAUGCAGGACUCUAGUCACCAACUCUAAUAUUUUGACAACGAUUUCUCACAAUAUUAUGAAUAUUUUCAUCAAACGUUGACACCAAUUACAUAGUUUGUACAAACCAACAUAUGUCUUUAACUUUUCACUCAAAUCUGAGAGUUUCUG